AGAAGAAGAGACGUAUGUGACUGAUAUGAAGGCAGAAGAUACAGAGGGAGAAGAAGAGACGUAUGUGACUGAUAUAAAGGCAGAAGAUAUAGAGGGAGAAGAAGAGACGUAUGUGACUGAUAUAAAGGCAGAAGAUAUAGAAGGAGAAGAAGAGACAUAUGUGACUGAUAUACAGACAGAAGAUAUAGCGGGAGAAGAAGAGACGUAUGUGACUGAUAUAAAGGCAGAAGAUAUAGAGGGAGAAGAAGAGACGUAUGUCACUGAUAUAAAGGCAGAAGAUAUAGAGGGAGAAGAAGAGACGUAUGUGAGGGGUGAUCUGCAGUGUAAGGAGGAGGAGAUCCCUAAAGAUAUCAGCACAGAUGGACACACAAGCAGGAACAUCUCAGAAGGACAUCUAAUGUUAUCCCCGGAUUGUGACAUAAAAGAUAAUGACAGUAGACAGGAUUCUCCAGGAGAUAACCCCAUUACCCCAAUUAUACAUCCAGCUCUAUCAGCUGAUCCCUCUGAUCCUGGGAAAUGUUCUCCUGAUCACUCUGAUAUUGGUGCAUCUGUUACAGCUCUGACAGUAGAUACAGUGUUUUCCUGUUCUAUAGAUGCACCAUGUUUUACACAGAACACAAAGCUUAUUGCACAUCAGCCAGCUAAGGUAGGUGAGAUGCAAUUUCCAUGUUCUGAGUGUGGAAAAGGUUUUUCACACAAGUCAUAUCUUGUUAUACAUGAGAGAAGUCACACCGGAGAGAAGCCAUUUUCAUGUUCUGAGUGUGGGAAAUGUUUUACACGGAAAUCACAUCUUGUUCAACAUGAGACAAGUCACACCGGAGAGAAGCCAUUUACAUGUUCUGAGUGUGGGAAAUGUUUUACACGGAAAUCACAUCUUGUUCAACAUGAGACAAGUCACACCGGAGAGAAGCCAUUUUCAUGUUCUGAGUGUGGGAAAUGUUUUACACGGAAAUCACAACUUGUUCAACAUGAGACAAGUCACACCGGAGAGAAGCCAUUUUCAUGUUCUGAGUGUGGGAUAUGUUUUACACGGAAAUCACAUCUUGUUCAACAUGAGAUAAGUCACACCGGAGAGAAGCCAUUUUCAUGUUCUGAGUGUGGAAAACGUUUUUCACACAAGUCAUGUCUUGUUAUACAUGAGAGAAAUCACAUCGGAGAGGGGACAUUUUCAUGUUCUGAGUGUGGGAAAUGUUUUGCACAGAAAUCAACUCUUGUUAGACAUGAGAGAAGUCACACCGGAGAGAAGCCAUUUACAUGUUCUGAGUGUGGGAAAUGUUUUUCACUGAAAUCGAAUCUUGUUAUACAUGAGAGAAGUCACACCGGAGAGAAGCCAUUUUCAUGUUCUGAGUGUGGAAAAGGUUUUUCACACAAGUCAUAUCUUGUUAUACAUGAGAGAAGUCACAUCGGAGAGAAGCCAUUUUCAUGUUCUGAGUGUGGAAAAGGUUUUUCACACAAGUCCUGUCUUGUUAGACAUGAGAGAAGUCACACAAGUGAGAAGCCAUUUUCAUGUUCUGAGUGUAGGAAAGGUUUUACACGGAAAUCACAUCUUGUUAGACAUGAGAGAACUCAUAGAGGUGUGAAGUCAUUUGCAUGCUCUGAGUGAUUAAUAAAUCAGCUCUUGUUGGACACAGUAGACAUCACACAUGUGGGGAACCAUUUUAAUCUGCUGGAGCAGGGGUUCUCAAACUCGGUCCUCAGGGGCCCACAUAGUGCAUGUUUUGCAGGUCUCCUCACAGAAUCACAAGUGAAAUAAUUAGCUCCACCUGGGGACCUUUUAAAAUGUUUCAGUGAGUAGUUAAUACACCUGUGUACUUGCUGGGUUACCUGCAAAACAUGCACUGUGUGCGCCCCUGAGAACCGAGUUUGAGAACUCCUGUGCUGGAGUAUAUUCAUCUUCACCAUUUUCCUGCAUUGUUCCUUCAGGUUUUAUCCUAUGUCCUGUGUUUUUUUUUUUUUUUUCAAUAUACAUGCUGCUAUUGGGUGAAAUAAUAAGACAUCAUGUCCUCCUUUACCUCUGCUAUACAGAUAUACAGUCUUUGCUCCGGGUACUGAAAACAAUACCAAUACUAAAUGUCUAGCUGAGCUCCAGGUGUGGGUGAUGCCAGUUGGCCAUGAUACCAUGUCCUAGUGAAACAGGUCCAUAUCCUAAUGCACGCCAACUCGCCUGUCUUCUGAUUACUUCCUCCCAC